AUGCCUCUCGUAGAGGUGUGGAGUUCAUUUCUUAUCCUUGGUUCUGUCGCUCUCGCAUGGCAGUACUUGGAAAUACGGAAGAUCAGGAAUGCCCUGCGCAACAUUGCUGGACCCCCGUCCGCAUCGUAUGUGAAAGGCAACAUUCCCCAAUUUUUCUCUCGCGACAGCACAAACUUCCAGCGGCACCUAGCAUUUGACUAUCCGCCCGUCGCCAAGUUAUACAGCAUGUUCGGCCGACCAAUGUUGUAUGUUUCCGACCCAAAGGCAUUGCACACGGUCAUGAUCAAAGAGGAACCUUCAUUUCCAGAGCCUGAUUCGUUCAUUGGGAUGAAUAGUCUGCUAUUCGGACGCGGCCUGCUUGCGACUUUGGGUCAGGAUUUCGUCUCUGUUUUGAUAGCUGGGGUUCGCACUGACACGACACGACUGGCAGGCGAUACACAUAGAAAGCAGCGCAAGCUCCUCAACCCGGCGUUCUCUAUCAACCAUAUGCGUCAUAUUAUACCGAUCUUCUACAACGUAGUGCACCGGCUUCGAGAGGGAAUUAGGAGGCAAGUUGCCGGUGGGACUGAAGAGAUCGACAUGUUGAAUUGGAUGGGCCGUACUGCACUUGAAUUGAUAGGCCAAGGGGGUCUUGGAUACUCCUUCGAUCCCCUUGUUGAGGACGUGCACAACGAGUAUGGCCACGCUCUCAAAACAUUGGUUCCGAACAUGGUCAAACUUCCCGUAGUGCGGCUUAUGGUUCCCUACCUCAUGAAAGUGGGGCCCGCUGCCUUUAGGCGCCUCAUAAUCAACCUCAUACCGGAUGGCGAUGUGCAGAGAGUGAAGUGCAUCGUUGACACCAUGGAUUUUCAAUCGCGUGACAUAUUCGAGAAGAAGAAAGCUGCUCUUUUGCAAGGCGAGGAGGCCGUCUUGCAGCAGGUGGGAGAAGGCAAGGAUAUCAUCAGUAUCCUCAUGCGAGCGAAUGCUUCCACUUCCGAGGCUGACAGAUUGCCUGAGGACCAGAUUAUCGCUCAGAUGUCAACCCUCGUCUUCGCUGCGACGGACACAACAUCAAACACGUUGGCCCGCAUCUUACAGAUACUGGCAGAGCGUCCGGACGUACAGGAGAAGCUGCGUGCUGAAGUGCUAGACGCGCAUGCGGGAGAAUCCUUGUCAUAUGAUGAACUCGACCAGCUCCCGUUGCUCGAUAGCGUGUGUCGGGAGACAUUGCGACUCAAUCCUCCUGCUCAAUUUACUUCGCGCGUUGCAAACCGGGACACUAUUCUCCCGUUGUCCGAGCCCAUCGUAGGGAUCGAUGGCAGCUUGAUCACUGAGAUUCCUCUCGUCAAGGGAACGGAGGUCAUGAUCGGAAUCCUGGGCUGCAACGCGAGCAAACAACUCUGGGGCGAAGACGCGCACGAAUGGAAGCCCGAGAGGUGGCUCGCUCCCCUUCCGGGCAAGGUCACGAAGAGCACAAUUCCUGGUGUCUAUGCUAACCUGAUGACGUUCGUCGGUGGCAAGAGAGCUUGCAUCGGCUUCAAGUUCUCGGAGAUGGAAAUGAAGGUUGUCUUGGCAGUCUUGCUGACCAACUUCACUUUUGAGUUGACGGGCAAGCCCAUUGUGUGGAAUGCUGCCGGUGUGCGCUACCCCACGGUGGGCAGUGUGAGUAACCAGCCUCAGAUGCCACUGAAAGUGCGGCUAUAUCAAGGCGCGAAGGCGUGA